CUUUAACUUUAAGUUGUUCAUCAUCUAGUUUCUUAUCCUUUUCUUCAACUUCUAUGUGACCAAAGAAUUCACUCGAUCUGCCUAACCCUAGCGGAUUCAAGCUUACUAGGUUUCCACUUUUUCAGAUAACAUACCAAAGAUGGGAACCAACUCAAUGGAAAUAAAACAAGAAGGUAACAUUCCUUAUCAAAUGACUUCUUUAUCUUCGUUGAGGCAAAAUCCAAGAAUCGUGCGAGCCUCGAGAAUACUAGGAGGCAAAGACAGACACAGCAAAGUGUUCACAGUUCGUGGUCUUCGAGACAGGAGGAUAAGAUUGUCAGCUACAACAGCUAUUCAGCUCUACGACCUUCAAGAACGAUUAGGGUUAAGUCAGCCUAGUAAAGUCAUUGACUGGCUCUUACAAGCUGCUCAAAACGACGUCGCUAUGCUUCCUCCUUUGCAAUUCCCACCUAGUUUUCACCCUAAUCUCACCUCCACCGGCACCGAAGAAUCUUUUCCCGGAAUCUUGGAAAAUUUUGACCUUGGAAGCUCCUCAUCAAGAAAUGAAACGAUCCAGAGAGAGAGUUUGAAUCUUGAGAGAAGCAGUCUUAGUCAUGGGUUUGACAUUGAUCAUCAUUUUUUCUCCAACUCAAGUCAAAGCAACAAAGUUAAUUAUUACAAUAACAGCAGCAGUUCUUGUCAUUACAACCUCGGACAACUACAACAGUCUUUCCUAGACCAAUCUGGCAACGUUACUGUCUCAUUAUCCGGUAAUAAUCUCAAUCCACCGGCUGUGGAAACUAUGAGCUCUCUAUUUCCGAGAUACCCUUUGUUUCAUGAGGGUGGUGAUCAACUUCAACUGUUUAGCUCAAAGCAAAGAGAGAAUAACGAGUGAGUCCAGCUGCUUGGCUUUUUAGACUCUUUCAUGAGUUGAUGUCUCGGAUCAUGUGACAGAUGAAUGGUGUAUACUAUAUUUUAUAUAGAGAGAGAUCAUUUACAUGGUUUUAAUGGUGUUUUUAUUGGAGUGAA